AUGCUCCGCCAGCUCCCGCGAGUCCGCGUCCCGCAGCUCCCGCGCAUCCUCUCCACGACCUCGCAUGCACAAUCGGCGUUCACGGUCGUCACCACACGCAUGUCCUCCACUGCCCUACACGUCGCUCCCACACCGGAACAGGAGGAUGCGCUGUUGCGGAGCGAGAUUGAGGCCAUCGAGGAGUGGUGGAAGAGUCCGCGGUGGAAGGGGAUAAAGCGACCCUACAGUGCGCGGGAGGUCGCGACAAAGCGCGGCACCCUGAAGCAGGAUUAUCCCAGCUCAACCAUGGCGAGGAAGUUGUACAGUCUGCUGGAAACGAGGGCGAAGGAGGGGUUGCCGGUGCACACGAUGGGUGCUAUCGAUCCCGUGCAGAUGACGCAGCAGGCGGAGAACCAGGAGGUCCUGUAUGUCAGCGGAUGGGCAGCUUCGAGUAUCUUGACCACUACCAAUGAGGUCUCGCCGGACUUGGGAGACUAUCCGUACAACACGGUGCCGAAUCAGGUGCAGCGAUUGUUCAAGGCCCAGCAGUUGCACGAUAAGCGGCAUUGGGAUCAGAGAAUAGCCCUGUCGCUCGAGGACAAGAAGAAGACACCGUACAUCGACUACCUCCGGCCCAUCAUUGCCGAUGCGGAUACUGGACACGGUGGACUUUCGGCGGUGAUGAAGCUCGCCAAACUCUUCGCCGAGAACGGCGCUGCGGCAAUCCACAUGGAGGACCAGAUGCACGGCGGCAAGAAAUGCGGGCACUUGUCCGGCAAGGUCCUCGUCCCCACGGGCGAGCACAUCAACCGCCUGAUCGCCACCCGCUUCCAAUGGGACCUGAUGGGCACCGAGAACCUCCUCAUCGCCCGCACCGACUCGGAGACCGGCAAGCUCAUCAGCAGCUCCGUCGAUGCCCGCGAUCAGCAAUACAUCCUCGGAGUGACUGAGGACGUCAAGCCCCUCAGCGAAGUCCUCUACGAGAUGGAGCGGUCCGGCGUCAGCGGCGAGAAGAUCGCCGAGGUGGAAGCCGAGUGGGUAUCCAAGCACAAGCUGGUGACCUUCGACGAAGCGGUAGUCGAAGCCCUUCAGGCCUCCUCCGCGCCGCAAUCCAAAAUCGACGAGUACCUCACCAACGCCAGCACACGCAGCAACAGCGAUGCGCGAGCCGCCGCCAAAUCCGCCCUCGGCCGCGACAUCUUCUUCUCGUGGGACGUGCCGCGCACGCGCGAAGGCUACUACCACUUCAAAGCGGGCAUGGCGGCGGCCACCAAGCGCGCGCAGGCCUUCGCGCCCUACGCCGACCUUCUCUGGCUCGAGACCAAAAAGCCGUCGAUCGCGCAGGCGCGCAGCUUCGCGCGCGAGAUCCGCGCCCCCGGCUCCCCCGGCGAAGGGAAGUGGCUCGUCUACAACCUCUCGCCCAGCUUCAACUGGCUCAACGAGGGCUUCGACGAGGCCGGGCUGAAGAGCUUCGUCUGGGACAUGGCGAAGGAGGGGUUCGUGCUGCAGCUAAUCUCGCUCGCCGGACUGCACUCGGGCGCUGCCGCCACGUGCGAGCUCUCCCGCAGGUUCAAGACAGACGGAAUGCUCGCGUAUGUAGAGCUCGUCCAGAAGAAGGAGAAGGAGCUCGGAUGCGAUGUCCUCACCCAUCAGAAGUGGAGCGGCGCAAAUUACGUCGAUGGAAUCCUCCAGAGCAUUGCGAACUCCUCGGCUACUAGUGCCGUCGGGAAGGAUAGUACUGAACAUAAUUGUCACUUGCGGGGAUAG